UUUUUUUCAAUACUGUCAAAACUAUCAUCGUUAAAAGUAAAAAAAAUAUUAUUAAACGUUUUAAUUUUAUGGUAUAAAUAUCAAUAGAAAUUAAUUUAAUUUAAAAAAAAUGCCACGAACGAAAUUUAGAAAACAACCAUUGGCAAAAAUAAGCGAAAAAGAAAAUGUAGAAUCCUCCAUAACUAAAACGAAUUUUACUGCUAUGACUGAAAAGAAGUUGGUAGAUUGUAUCGCAGAUUUAAAUCAACUCAGAGAUAGAUAUUUGGCGCAAAUUGAUACAAAAGAAAGACAAUUAAAAAUGGUUUUCAAAUUUGAUAUAAUGAAACAUAAAACCUUAGAACAGCUGAAAAAUGAAAGCGGUGAAACAUCCAUCGAUUCUUUAAGUGUUCAAAGUGUUCAUCAAAAUUCAUGCGACGAAGGAUAUUUAACUACAGAAUCAUCUGAAUUCACAUCAUCAAAAACAACAUCGAAAGUUACAUUUAAUACAACCAGCAGUAAUAUGACCAUGAAUUCGAGCAACAUGUCAGCAUUUAAAACACCCAUGGUCAAUAAUUUCAUGUCAAAAGAAGCAGCAUUAGCUGCUGGUUACAUAACACCAAAAGUCAAACCAAAUAGACCAUUAACAGUAUUACGACGAGCACAACCUGGUGAAAUGGUUGUAUCGAUGACCGGUAGUCCUGUUUUAGUACAAGCCAUUGAUGCAGAAAGACCAAAUGUUAAUGUACCUUUAGCUGAUGGACGAAUAAUUAGUGUACAACCGCAGAAUUCAAUACGACGUUCUGAAAUACCUGAAAUUGAUGAGACUACACGAAAGUAUUUACAAACAUUACGUGAUAAUCUUGAUAAAAUUGUUAAUCACGUUAAAUAAAUUUAAUGUUUUGUUAAAUUAUUUUAAUUUUUUUAUUUGUUCAAUUUAAGUCAUAGGACUUCGCUUCAAUACGACGUAAAACGGUUGCUUUGGAAAGCGGUAAUCUAUCAGAAACCCGCAUUUGUUACGUACCGAUUGACGUUUCUAUGAAGUUGAGCCCUUAUACUGAAUAGAUUUGGGCAUGCAAAAAUUGCGAAUCGAAAAUUUUUUUAUUUAGUAUAAGAAAACCAAUAUUUAUAGAAACCCAAGCCGUCUCCAAUUCUAUUUUCUUUAGGAAAGUAUAACAAUAACUUUUGUCGUAUUGACCUAAAAUUACGCAUACGCUAUGUCUGUUGCUACGAUCGAAAACUUUCAGACGGUUUAAGUCCACACUGUGUCGUUCUGUUUUUCUCAUAAAGUCGUCAUUCUCUGAGGAAAAUUAGAUGAAAUGCUCUUUUUCAGCUUGAUAUUUUGAGACCGGGCUUUCCGGGAUUAUUAUUCGGAAAAUUUUAAUGAGUCUGCAAAUUAGCUCGUAGUGAUAUUUCUAUCAGAAGAUAAUUGUACACAGAUUCUAGUAACAGAGCCCUUAGUAAUACAAAACUGUUGAACAACUGUUCUAACAUUUACUUCAUUGGUUAAAAUAUCUCAUUGUUUAUAAAAAUUCAAAAUAAAGUGAAUAGGACUAAAAAUGGUAUGCCGUUUUAUUCGAUUUUGUGAUAGGCGCGGUAUGUUCACAUUUGUAUUUAUAUUUGGGUUCAGUUAGAAUCCUGCCAACUAGGCGUAAUAACGAAUGUUAAAAAUUAUUAAGCAAAAAUCCGUUUUUUUAAACUUUUAAGUGCAACCAAGAUCUCCAAAACGACUCAAUUUUGGCAAAACCAUUCCGACUUUAAAAAUAGAAUAUACGUAUUCUAAAUUUCGGGUCCGCAAGAUAAAAGAUAUUUUCGCAUUACUUUAAAAAGUGGUGGGGGUACUAUACUUCGAAGAUUUCUGUAAACGAUUCAUUAAAAAAAAUUUCGGAUUGCGAAUUUUUCAUGCAAAA